UGCUCAACUCGCGGACCGAAUUCUCUUCUUGUUGCAAAUCGCUUACCGCAUACCCUUACAAAAUGCCGCUGGCCACAAUUGGUCUACUGGCUGCAUGCAUUCCUGUUACGUUAGCUGACACUUCAUUCCACACUGAAGCAUUCUCCACUGUCUGGUCUUGGAUAUUUUUACUGGCGAUAAUAUUCUUCUGUUCUAUCGGUAUAGCCCUGUUAUGCUGUACUCGUCAGGCCAUAUCUUUACCACUCGAUGAUGAAUUUGGUGCAGAGUUUGAUGAAUGGCCACUUGAACGAGAAGAAGACCUUGCUACGCUAUCUGAAGACGCUCUAUUGAGCUAUGCACGAGCCAAAGCUUGGCAACAGCAAAAUCCACCUGAUUGUGUUCCAACCGAUAUAACUUUAUCACAAUACAUGUCUAUCCAAGAGAAAGGCAUCCAAGCGUAUGAAUUUGAAUUCCAACUAGAGUCUAACUCAUUCGUAGCGGGACGAACGGAGAUUCAAUUUUAUCAUGGUGAAAGCUGCGUCCAAACCAAUUUGCCAUUACCAAAGAAUCAAGAGGUCUAUUACUGGGAAGCUAAGAUGUAUGAAAAACCCGGAACGACCUUGGUUUCUGUUGGUGUUGCUACCAAGCCAUAUCCCAACUGGAGAUUGCCAGGUUGGAAUCGAUACUCUGUUGGCUAUUUUUCGGACUCUGGAAGAAAGUAUUCCAACAGCGUAUUUAAUUCGAAGCCAUGUGGGCUUCCAUUCAACGAGGGCGAUGUGAUCGGUGUUGGGUAUAGACAUCGUACUGGCACUAUCUUUUUCACUCGAAAUGGCCGGAAACUGGAAGACGCCUACUCUAAUCUCCACUGGAAUUUGUUUCCCACCAUAGGCGCCAACGGACCUUGUCAGAUACAUGUUAAUUUAGGUCAAAUGGGAUUUGUGUUUGUGGAGGCAAAUGUUAAGAAGUGGGGCUUGGCGCCUAUACAGGGUACGAUGGCACCUCCACCGGCAUACGGCCUAGAAGGUGGAUCUAUAUUACUGGCCAGCAGCACCAGCCGAAAUAGAGACGACGAGGACUCGCCCCACACUUCAGCACAUCUUCCUGAAAACACUCAAUUUAGAGCAUCAGGUAGCACGAGUGGAACGGUCCAUCCACCACCAUACUCUACAUUUACCAUUGAAGUAGACGAAGACUCAACUGCUUAAUCUUUUUCAACCUGGGUCAUCGGAUCCUAGUCGUGCUCCUUUUCAUAUGAGCCUGGCGCGUGAGAUUGGCUCGCUUGUUCGUAUGGAAUUUAAGCAGAUGAUGUUUUUACUUUUUGUCACAUUUUGUAUAUAUCGCUCAAUUUUUUUUAUUUGUUCUUGCAUGCAAGUCGCACAAUAAAGAUAUCCAGUUCAAGCUGACA